ACUCAGUGUCGUUAUCGAAGACACUUCCGGUUGCGACAGAGGUAGGCUUACGAGGCCUGCUUCGGGUGCGAAGGGUCGUUCUUCGGCCGGGACACUCCGGCACGACCAUGGACCGUAGGAAAAAGCCUUUGGACGUCACGGCCUCCUCGUUGGUAGAUCUUAAGGCUGAACUCUUCCGAAAGCAAGAAGAAUUCAAACAAGAAAAACUUCUAAAAGAUUCUGGAGUUUUUGGAAAACCAAAAACAACUAACAAGAAACCAAGUAUCUGGAGCAAACAGAAUGUAGGCGUUUCAAAUCGAGCUGAGAAGGAUGCUGAACAGAAGAUUGAAGAACAGAAGACUUUAGACAAAGCAAGGGAAAAAUUGGAAGAAAAAGCCAAAUUAUAUGAAAAAAUGACUAAAGGAGACUUUAUAGAUGAAGAAGUGGAGGAUAUGUACCUUGUGGAUUUCACGCAGAAGAUCAUAGACAAGCGCAAAGAAAUGGAGGCAUCUGGUGCCCAUAGAGAUUCUCAAAAGGCGGGAGAAAGGGACGACGAUGAGGAAAACCUUCCUGAGGGAGAGAUCCCUCCUCCCCAAGACCCCAGUGAAGAAUGGGUGGAUUAUGUGGACUCUUUGGGGCGUUCCCGGCGCUGUAUGAGAAAAGAUUUGCCAGAUCUGCUGGAGAUGGAUAAAAAUCUUCAGGGGAGACUUUUUGUUAGUCCUGCUAAUGAAAAAACCCUGUUAUCUGAAGAUAUGAGAAAAGAACUUCAGCGCCAGCAAUGGGAGGAAGAAGAAAGAGAGGCCCUGAAGAGGCCCAUGGGGCCCGUACAUUAUGAAGACAUUCGGGAAAAUGAGGCCCGGCAACUUGGCGUUGGGUAUUUUGCCUUUGCCCGAGACAAAGAGUUGAGAAACAAGCAGAUGAAAACCUUAGAGAUGCUGCGUGAACAGACAACAGAUCAGAGAACAAAACGAGAAAACAUAAAGGAAAAGCGAAAGGCUAUCUUAGAGGCAAGACUUGCCAAACUUCGACAAAAAAAGAUGAAAAAAUCAAAAGAAGGUGGAACAGAGGAAGAAAACAGAGAUGGAGAUGUUAUUGGGCCUUUGCCACUGGAGCCAGAGCCUGUGCCAGCUCCACGUCCUGCUGCCCAGAGUAGCAAGGUAGAAGUCAUUGUCCAGGAGAGGAAGGACACCAAGCCCGGAGUGCCACACGUCCGGGAGUGGGACCGCGGAAAAGAAUUUUCCUUUGGAUACUGGUCGAAGAGGCAGUCAGAUCUCCGGGCUGAGAGAGAUCCCGAGUUUGCCCCACCGUCAGAUUACUUUGUGGGUCAGAAGAGAACUGGUUUUUCCAGCAGCCAGGCAUGGAGCAGGCCUGGGCCAGCACAGGGUGACCCAGGGCAGUGCCCUGACCAGAGCCAUGGACCUAGCCCUGCACAUACGUCACCCACUCCUGCCCCCGACAACCCACCACAAGCCCCCACAGUUACUUUCAAAACUCUGGAUGACAUGAUUUCCUAUUACAAACAAGUGACUUGAUCUUUCAAAGCACCCUGGCUUGGGUUUGUACUUUGACAGUGCCUUUCUCUCCCAGAGAGGGAGCAAUGACUUUAGGAACUGAAUUGUACCUUUGUCCUCUCCUUUCCCUAGGAGGCACACACUUGAGGUUGGAUUUGUCAGCAAGGAGGAAAGUCGUGGAAACUUUGGCCACUUGGCUGUUCAUUUUAUUCUAAGAGGGAUAGGGACAUACCUACCUGGAUUUACAUGUGAACGGCAAUAGAAUAGAAGUGUUUAUUCUGUAAAAUUUGACACUGAGAUGUGCUUAAAACCCUAUCUGUUUCAUACCUACUCCCACAACUUACUCAUAUUUAAGGGUUCUUUUCCAUUCCUUUUGCAAAUACUAGCAUGCAGGUGUCUUUAUUCCAAGGAUUCAGCUUCCAGAUCAGCCGAUGGAACAUAGGUCAGGAGGAAUUUCUCCCUGUCAAGCAGUGGCAGACUGCAUGGGAGGCAAAAUGUGUUCUCCAAGAGGACCCAGAAGUAAUCACAUGGGAAAUGCUAAGGAAGACCAGGAGGAGCUCUUCGUAGUCCAGAAAGGUAGAAGUGGGAGUUGUUUACUUACUUUUACUGUCAUACCAUCCUAUUACCUACACUCCUGUGUGCAGUGGGCAUUCAGUAAAUGUGUGUUGAAUGAUGGACGUACGUGGAGGCUGCUGGAUCUGGUCAGAGACUGAUAUGCCUUAGCGGCAAUGGUUAGAGCUUUUCAGUGCAUUCCACCUACCUGUCGCCACCAUGCUCAGCUUCCUCACGUUCAGGAACCUGACUUGGAUCAGACUUGGGGCUCCACAGUGGAGCAGGUGGGUCCCCAUGUCAUUAGUAACAAGGAGAGGGUUGGGGGUGGGCAGGGCUCCAGAAAGUCAGUGGGGUGCCUGGGCACCCACCCCAUCCUCUGCCUGCCACACCUCAGAGGGUUCCUACAGCUGCAGACAAGCAGUUGAGGGUUGAUGACCUGGCCCAUAGGGCUCCCAUAGCUGGUUCCCAGGCCAGUGAGUGCUGUGAGAAUGUGCUAGCACAAGUCCUUGAUGUUCCUUGAGGAGUGGGAAGGAGAGGAGUGAGUGAAGGAGACUGUCCCCUGGGGGUCCUCUGCAAUGGCAUUGUCUCUGUUCCCACAGUGCUGCAGUGUGGAAGGGAGUGCCCCAUCCUCAUUACAGAUGGCACGGGAGUGUGGAGGGGUCGAUGACUUGUGCAGGGUCAUAUGGUACCUAAGGAGCAGAUCUCAGACUUAAAUACAAUUGAUGUCUAACUCGCAGACAGACUUUUCAGUGCCCUCUGCUCUUAGUUUUGUUGCCCUAGUAUCAAGCAAUCUUAGACAAACAUCCUGAAUUCUUACAAACUUACCUCUAAACACCGAGGGUAAAGGUGCCAGUCCUGUUAAUGGUCAGCCUAAUCAUUCUGUUAGCCUAAUUGGGUAAUUGCUUUUUUUAAUAAAUACACAUAAAAACCAACUAACCCAGCUGCCUUUUUUGCAGAAAUUGACAAGCUAAUCUUAAAAUUCACAUGGAUGCAAGGAACCCAGAAUAGCCAAAACAAUCUAGAGAAAAAACAAAGAGGACUCACACUUCCUGAUUUCAAGACUGACCACAAAGCUACAGUAAUCUACACAGUGUGGUAGUGGCAUAAGAAUAGACACAUAGAUCAGUGGAACAGAGGUGAAAGUCCAGAAAUAAAACAUAUAUCCGUGGCCAACUAAUUUUUGACAGUGGUGCCAGAACCAUCCAGUGGGGAAAGAACAGUCUUUUCAACAAAUGGUUCUGGGAUAACUGAAUAUUCCAUGCAAAAAAA